CAUUAAGGGAAAGAUGGCCGCCGUAGAAGGUCGGCUGUCACCUUCUUACAUCAAAGAAUUUGAAGAAGAAGCUUUAGAUCCGCGUAUCCAGGAAGAGCUGGAAAAGCUGAACAAAGCUUCUGAAGAAAUCAACAGACUUGAAUUAGAACUUGAUGAUGCUCGUGCAGCUUUCCGGCAAGUGCUUACAGAAGCAACGCACAAGCUAGAUGGGCUAGGAAAGCAGCUGGGAUCCUGUGUUGAGAAAGCAAGGCCAUACUACGAUGCAAGAGUUCGUUCAAAAGAGGUUCAUGUGGAGACCCAGAAGGCUGCGUACAUGUUUGAGCGAGCCUGUAGCAUGCACGAGGCCGCCAAGGAGAUGGUGAUGCUGGCCGAGCAAGGCUACAUGCAGCGGGAAGACAACUCUGACCCAGCCUGGCAGGAGAUGCUCAAUCAUGCAACCAUGAAGGUGAAUGAUGCCGAGACUGAGAGACAUGAGAAUGAGAAGGUCCAUCAGCGUAUGACCAUGCGCUUCAAGGAGGCAGAGGAUCUUGUACAGAGGCUCCAGAGGGACCUCAAACGCUCUAUAAACAAGUCUAAGCCAUACUUUGAAAUGAAGGCCAGAUUAAACCAAAUGAUGGAGGACCGCAAAAAAACAGUCAUCAAUCUAGAAGAAUCUGUGUCCGCUACAAAGAAGUCAUACUCAGACGCUUUGAGAAACCUUGAGGAAAUAAGUGAGUCAAUUCACCAGAAGCGCAUAGAGAUGCGAAACCAGGCUGAGCUAGGGGAAAGAGGCAGUGGGGUGGGGUCAGAAUCCCCCUCACCCCCGCCCAUGAGGGGAAAGGACCAUGUGUCAAUUGACGGCAAAUCAGCACACAUUGUGAGUAGUUGUAACAUUGGAAACAGUGGCACCACAGUGACUUCAGCUCAGUUCAGUGCAGGCAGUUCUAGUCAUGAGUUUAGGCCUCCGUCCGUAAUUUAUUCCUCACCUGAAAAAGCGCGCAGUGCAAGCUACCGACAGGCUAUAGAAGCCAGGAUAACUUCAGAGCAAGAUCUUGAUAAUAUUAGUGAAGACAUGAGUGUGAAUCUAUCUGAUGAGUUUAUGGCUUUGCCAAGGACUAGCUCAGAUGAGGCUGACAGUGUUUUUGCAAACAAAAAUCAAAAUAACAAUGGUGAUGCAAUUCAUACGCGCCAUCUGCAGUCAACAAAACCCAAAAAACCAUCAUCCAAACUUAAAGGCCUCAUUCUCACACCUGUCAGUGCUGGAUUUGACCCUCUUCAAGCCACGCUGAGGAUUUCAUCUCAAAGAGCCACCUCACAAGUGAACCACUCAACACAGCGACCUGUCACUUACCCAUAUUCUCACAAUGAAAAAAACACUAGAGUGCUCCCCCUUGAAAAUAGAUCUUCAAAUUUGGAGGCAGGAUUAAAACAACAUCACCCCUCACCAGUGAUGGAGCUGAGGUCCCCUGUUGACCUUCCAACCCCUGGAUCAGGCACCUCCGGGAGGAAGUUGUUGAAAGUUCCCUCAAUGCAGGACUUUGAUGAGGGAUCCAUCUCUGACAAUGAUAGUAUCACCAGCGGCACAAUGCUGGAUGAUGACCAAGUGGAAUUUCUCACCAUGGAGUUUUCUAAGCAAGAUAUGCUAGAUGAUGAGAGAAGAUCAAAUGAUUUGAAUUUUAGGAGAUUAAGUCUUCCACCUAGUCUAACUCAUUUAAAGAGUCAUUUAAGACAGUUUUCCGAAGAAAAGAUAGAAAAUAACCAAACUAAUACUACCUAAAUUUCUAGACAUUUACUACUUUAAGAGUAUAUAUAGAGUAUGAUUGUGCUAAUUGUGAAAUCAAUUAAAAAGACUGAAUUGUUGUAAAAAACAAUGUUUUUAAUAUGAUAGCUUGUAAAUUAUACUUGAGGAAAAGUAAUCAGAAAUGCUCAAAUGUAUUUCUGUUCAAAUGUAGUUCCUCCUCUGCAUUUCAUCACUGAGAGGUUUUCUUUAAGUAAAUACUCAGAUUCUGUCAGUUUUUAAAUGUCAAUGCCACUUAAGCGCAUCAUAAUGGAUUGAAUUGACCUUACUCUUAACAUCAUUAUUUAUAACUCAUUUUUAAAAUCAUUCACCACAAUUUUUUUACCAAGUAGAGAAGGUUUCAAACCUUGGGCAAAGGUCACACUAAUGGUCAAAAGUCAUUAUGCAUGAUUUCAAAAGGUAUGUAGUUAUUAUCCUUGUACAAAGGUUAUGAAUUUUAGGUCAAUUAUUCACCAAAUAGUCCGAACUAUACUACUCAUGCCAAUGUCUUUGUCAGAAACUGCUUAUUCUCCGGUUAAGGUAAACAUGCAACAUCUCCAUAUCACUGUUUUUACCACAGGUAUUCAAUUGAAAUGUUACACAUUUGUUCAGGGUCAUUAUUAUAGGAAUCUAACAGAUUUAUAACUCUAACCAGCAAUUUAGCAGAAUAACUUUCCCUUUUUGUCUUAAAUAAUUAAGUAAUUAAGGUAAAUUUUUUGUUUUAUUUUAUUAAAUGUUCACCUUUAAAUUUAAACUAACUAUAAGUACUGCAGAAAUGCAACAUGGUAUAUCUUUUUAAGGGUUACAUGUAUAUCAGGUGACUGGCAGGAAAUGUAUUUUCUACUAUUUAAGUGAAAGGAAUAGUGUAGCAUAUUGCAAAGGGACAGCUCAUAUUUGUAUCACUUGCAAAACUAAGUUUCAAAUGUAAUUAAACCGUAACUUUUUCUCUUGUUUUCCCAUUUUAAAGCCAGUGUUUAUUGACUUGUUUCUUGAAAUGUUGGCCAGUUUUUGCGUUUAUUGUUUUAAAUUGCAUUUAUUUUAAUUCUUGUGUAAAUGAAAUCAUUGCUUUCACAUUUUUGGUAGAAUUUUUUUUAUUUAAGUAAGUUACUAGUAUGUUUUAUCAAAACAUUUCAUAACCUUUCUUAAGUGUAAUAGAUAUGAAAUAGAUUGUGAUACUUAAAUAAACAAAUGUGUAUUUACAAAGGAAAUCUUGGAUAAAAAGAAGUGUUGCAUGGUGCAGAUCAAAAAGACAGAAAAGUCUUUUGGUACUGUUUUAUAACAUGUUAAAUUUGUGGUAUUUAUCUGUUAAAUGCUUCUAAAUCAAAAUAUAGUAUCAAAAGCUAUUCACCCUGUUGCGUGUUGACGAAACCAGAGCAGGGCUCGAAAUUAACUUUUUUUUCUACUUGCAAAACAUUGCGAGCUGCUUUAAUACCAACUCGCAAAAUCAAAAACAGUCUCGCAAAUUUUGCAGGAAACAUAAAAAAGUUCGGACAUUAAUUUAGUACUAUUAAAACAAAAUCAAAAGUUCUUAACAUACACAUUUUAUUUCUGCAAUCAUACAAAUAUAUCAGUUCCUUGGACCAUAAGGGCAUUGUUUUCGAAUAUAAGUGUGUCGUGUUCACUCAGAAAACAAAGUUUAAGUGUCAGUUUGGGAUAUUUUUAAUGGGUUUAAAACUUUUCAAAUAUUGAAAAAAAUCAGCUAUGAUAUCGUGUGUUGAGUGCGACGUCACCAAAAUACAAAUCAACAGUUAACUUUACUUCAUCUUUCGUAUUUUUUUUCUGUCUGUAGGCAAAAAGAAACUAAUUAUGUUUGGCUUCGACGCCAUGUCUGUUCAAGUUCAAUGAACAAAUGUGAAUAGUCAACUGUUUCACGUUCUUUGUUCCAAUACUAUCCUCGUAUCUGUACUAUAAGUAUACCAGUCUACAUACAAGGUGUGCGCUUCCGCAUACAGGUAUUCAGACGUUCUUUAAAUUGACCUACGCAGGGCUCGAAUUUAACUUUUUUUUCUACUUGCAAAAAAAUUGCGAGCAGCUUUAAUACCAACUCACAAAAUCAAAAACAUUCACGCAAAUUUUGAUGGAAACAUAAAAAACCCUUGGUUUUUAGUUUAGUUCUAUUUAAACAAAAUAAAAGUACUUAACAUGUAUACACAUUUUAUUUCUGCAACCAUACAAAGAUAUCAGUUCCUUGUACCACAAGGGCCCACAUUAGGUUGAUUGACCAUCUUCAUCUAUAACAAGUUUUAGUCUUAUUUUAAGUUAAUUUUUCCACUAAUUCACUGUUUUCAUAGAAGGAUUUAAAAUCUGUUUUUUCUAACUAAACGGUUAACUUUGCUUUAUCUUUUGUAUUAUGUAUAUUUUGUGUUAUUUCCGUCUGUGGGAAUAAAGUGACAAGUUAUUUUUCGCUUCAAUGAACAUGUGUGAAUAGUCGACUGUUUCACUUCCUUUGUACCAAUACCAUCCGCGUGUCUGUAUAUACCAGUCUACAUACAAGGUGUGCGCUUACGCAUAAGGGUUCUUGGGCGUUCUAUAAAUUGACCUAAGAUUUAGUGAUCAUGUGUCGAGCAGCAUUAUACCUACUCAUUUCUUUUCACUAUUUACUUGCAAAAAAAUACUAGUGGCUUAAAACUUGACUCGCAUUCGGUAUUUUUUACUCGCAUUUUGCGAGUGUGCGAGUGUUAAUUUCGAGCCCUGCAGAGGAGCAAUAAAGGCAAUCAAAACAUUAGAUUCAGCAUCCUCUCAGUUUGUAUUGGACGAUUCAAAGUAUUCUAUUGCCUUUUACCAAAUCUUGAUAUUGUUUAUAAUGAGAAUUUAAUAUAGAUUGUUUCCGAGCUAUUUCUUAUAAAGCUUAGUCUUGCACUCCAUAUUUGUUUGUACGUUUUAGCUAACUUUAGCACAACAAGGUCAUGGUGAAUUUUUGUUAAUGUUUUCUGUACAUCUUACAUUGUGUGUGGUCAAUAUUUUCGCCCAACCUUCAUGAAAUUUGGUCAGAUCCAGGUGUAAAAGAAACUUGGUUACAUUUAUUGAACAAAUAUUGGGUAGGCAAAUCAGGUCAGAUAAGGUUCUCCCUGUCUAACUAAAGUUUCCCAGGUCCUUUUGUUAUCUAAUAUUCUAACAAAUGAUUUUAUAAUAUGUGUGUUUGAAAAAGGUUCAUCUGAUAAUGAUUAUGGCCACCAAAGGCAGAGGAUAUAAAAUUAGAGUUGUCUGUCCGUCAGUCUGUCUGAUGCCAAAACAUCAACAUGAAACUUCAUAGGUGAAUAAAUGUACAAGAACCAUAACCCUACACUUUCUUAAAUGAAAGUUAUUGCCCUUUGUUGUUUGUUUCUUCAUUAUAAUGGAACUUUUAGGGCUUUAUCUGGGAUACAUACAAGAUUUCAACAUGAAACUUCGUGAAUGUUUUAAUAUUAUUGAGGAGAAGUGCCAUGCUGAAGCACCAUAAGCCUUCACUUUCUUAAAUAAGAGUUAUUGCCCUUUAUUGUUUGUGUAUGAUGUAGCUUUUCAGAGCUAUAUCUCAGAAACCAUAUAGUAUAUAGAUAUCAAUGAGGAAAAGUGGCAUGCAUACAAACGAAACCCUACCCUUUCUUAAAUUAAGAUUUAUCACCCUUUGGUUUUGUGUAUAAUGUAAAUUUUAAGAGCUAAUAUUUUAAGACCCGGAUACGAUAUUGGAUUUCAACAUGAUACUUGAUGAGUGCAUAGAUUAUAAUGUGGAGAAUUGUCUAACACAAGAAUCAUAACCCUACACUUUUUAUGCACCUUCGAAGAAGAGGGGAAUAUUGUUUUGCACAUGUCGGUAGGUCUGUCGGUCCGUUCACCAGAUGGUCUAACGCUUAGGCCUAGGAUCAUGAAACAUCACAGAUACAUUGAUCAUGACUGGCAGAUGACCCCUAUUGAUUUUCAGGUCACUAGGUCAAAGGUCAAGGUCACAGUGACAACAAAUGUAUUCACACAAUGGCUGCCACUACAACUGACAGCCCAUAUGGGGGGCAUGCAUGUUUUACAAACAACCCUUGUUUUAAUGUGAGUUAUUUCCCUUUAUUUUUUUGUAUGAUGUAACUUUUUAUCUCAGAUACCCUUCAAGAUUUAAUGGGUGUAUAAUUUUUAAUAAGAAGAAUAGCAAAUGUAUGAAAAAAAAUUACGCUGUGCUCAAUUAUUAUUUUUAGAAUCAUUCUGUUUACAUGUAUCAAGGGCUUUGCACCCAUUUACAUGUAUCAAGGGCUUUGCACCCAUCCAGAAACAAAUUUUUUUUUGGCAGGGGAUAUCAAUUCAAUGAAUAUGUUUGAUUGUCAUAAAUUAAGGGUUUUUGCAUGUGCCAGAAUUCUUUUUUCGAAAAUGUAAUCAUUUAGAAAAUAUAACCCACAGUGGUUAGCAAGAUAGGUCCUUGAUUCUUACGUGUAUGGUCAUUGACAGUUUUUAAUUAAUCAAUAAUUAAAGUAAGUUUACUAUAGUAAGUUGACUAUCAUUGUUGGUAGUUUAUGUUGUUUAUUUACUUUAAUUUUGUAGUAAAUGAUAACCAUUCUUUAACAAAAUUAUGUGGAAACUACAUAUAAGAUUAUUUAAAAACAUACUUUGGACGUGGUAAUUUAUUUUUGUGUAGAAUGUUUAGCUUCAUUUACUUAAAAGUGUAGAAUUUUUAGGAUUUCUUAUUACACUGUCAUGUGAAGCAGCCAUUACUGAUAAUUAUGUAUUUUUAAUUAUUUAAUUUGAAUAUUUUAAAUCUUUUUUAAACAUGUACAUUGAACGUGUUAUAGAGAAAGAUAACUCGAGUGAAUAACAGUAGAAAAUACUAGUCAUUUUGUUCUUUAUUAUGUAUUUUGUACAUGUAUCUGUAAAAAGUAAUGAGAAAAUCUCAUUAUGUGUACAAAUUGAUCUUUAAUCAUGCAUAAUCAAUAAAACCAAAUAUCAUAAAUUAUGCUCUCCAGCAUAGUUUUAUAUAAAAACGAAACGCAAUACCACUUGCAGCAUAAACUUUUUUAGCCCGUUUUCUUCAAUAUACGCAUGCAUUUAACCAUUUGCCCAAAGAUCUGCGAAACAUAUCUGAUUUGUCCUGAACAGUUACGUUGUUGUUCACACCUGCAAUGAUUGUUAUUCUUAUACAAUAAUAAUACCUGCAAUGAAAGAUUCAAUUGUAUACGAAUACUAUUAAUUCAUAAUAUUUUUAGACCAUUGGAAUAGAUUGAAUGUGCUUUGAACUUCAUUUAUUAAAUUUAACACCAUCAUGCUAAGUUUGUAUUGAUAUUCUAUUGGGACCCGGAUUAAAUAUUGAUAUUUUAUUGGAACCCUAAUUAAAUUAUUUUGAAACUCACUUGAUAUUGUUUUUGUGUGAUGUUAUUAUUUCCUAGAAAAUAGUUGAAUAAACUGAAAUACAACACAA